GCAACAUGGUGGAGUGGUGUUUACCCCAAGAUAUUGAUUUGGAAGGUGUGGAAUUCAAAUCCAUGGCAAGUGGGUCCCAUAAAAUCCAGUCAGAUUUCAUUUAUUUCCGGAAAGGGCUCUGUUUUGGCCUGGCCUGCUUUGCCAACAUGCCUGUGGAGAGUGAGUUAGAGCGUGGUGCUCGCAUGAAGUCUGUGGGGAUUCUCUCCCCUUCCUAUACCCUGCUGUAUAGGUACAUGCACUUCCUGGAGAACCAGGUCAGACACCAGCUGGAGAUGCCAGGGCACUACUCCCAUCUAGAAGCGUUCUAUGAUGACAAGAAAGGAGUUCUCCCUGAUAGCAAGGGCACCCCCACCUCUCAGCAACCUGUUCACUGGCUGCCGUCCAUCCACAGAUACAUGUACCCAGAGAUGAAGAUCACACACCCUGCUGGCUGCAUGUCUCAGUUCAUCAAAUUCUUUGGUGAGCAGAUCCUUGUCCUCUGGAAGUUUGCCCUGCUGCGCAAGCGCAUACUGAUAUUUUCACCACCCCCAGUUGGAGUUGUCUGCUAUAGAGUGUACUGCUGCUGUUGCCUUGCCAAUGUUUCUCUGCCUGGUCUUGGAGGAACUGUCCCAGAGUCCAAACCGUUCUUCUAUGUGAAUGUGGCAGACAUAGAAAUGCUGGAGACAGAAGUAUCAUAUGUGGCCUGUACAACAGAAAAGAUCUUUGAGGAGAAACGGGAUCUCUAUGAUGUCUAUGUGGACAACCAGAAUGUGAAGACACAUCAUGAACAUCUGCAACCACUCUUGAAAAUUAACAAUGCUGACAAGGAGAAGUACCGACGGCUCAAUGACCAGAGGCAGAUGUUAAUGUACUCUCAAGAGGUGGGUGAGGACUGUAGCUCCUGUGAAGAGGACCUUUUCAUCUUGUUUUUCAUGGAGCAGAACAACCGCAUAUUUCAGACACUGAUGGAGGUGUCAGCCAGCCAGGACAAGACGCUGACAGCUGACCACGCACGAGGCAUGGGCCUGGAUCCCCAAGGGGAUCGAAGUUUCCUUAUGGACCUGCUGGAAGUGUAUGGCAUUGAUGUUAUGCUAGUCAUUGACAACCCCUGCUGCACUUAAACCAAGGGCAAGAGAGAUGGGGAGCAAAGAUCGCUUUUUAAAGACUACCAGACAUUGCUUAGGAGGAUCACUGGAACUCACCACAGCCACUGGACAGAUCUCAUUUUAUUUAAUAACUUUAUAUGGAGAGUAUUUAUAAUUUUAAAACAAAAUGUGAUUUUUUUUCCCCCCCUCCUCUACUUCCCAAAGAGUACCUGCUCCAGGUGUGGUGUUUUUUUUUUUUUGUGUCCCUUUCUCUUUUGUGGUUUUUUGGUUUCCUUUAGGUAGGACCAGUGGCACCUUUGCACCAAUCCUCACUGUUACCAGUGAUAGCUAGGCUUUGGCCUAGCCUGGAUACCUGAGAGCUGAAGACUUCAGGAAAGCACUUUGUCUGAUGGGGACCAAUGUGAAAUGCUGUUGAUGAGCUCUCAAGAGUUGACUGGAAAACCCUCCUAUCAUCCCCUCUUCCACCUGGGGACUGAAGAGAGCUUCAGCACAGGCUGUUAGUGGCCCAGUCUCAUAAAACACCUGCCCUACCAUGUUUAUUGGUGGGAACACUUAAACCAAUGAUAUAAAACAGGACUCCUUUAAACACCUUUCACUCAACUUUUAGGAGCUAAGUUGGAAUAAAGCCACCCUUCCUCGUCUCAAUGGCAGAAGCAAGUCUGGGAUAAGGGGGUGCUACAGGAUCUUAUGACUUUGCUUAUCAGAGCAGCACCGUUUCACUUCCAGCAUUUGAGGUGGUAUAAACUGGCAAUGACUAUACCUACCUAUCUCAUAGCUGGAGAAGAGCACCAGCUCUACUUAAUCCCUCCUACUGCUUCCUCUGUUUUUUUUUAGUUGCAUCACAGCUGCUGUUUUGGUUUAAAAUCUUCAAACCAGCAAGAUGGUCUCCCAUUUAACAGGGACCAACAUCACUGAGCCACCUUGCAGCCACUAUGUUUUCCAGCCUCAGCUCACAUGCUGAGCUGGACUGGGCUGAUUAAGUAUGCUUUAAUUAACAUCACUAGCCCUUCCUUUGUAGCAGAUAGUACUUGUCACUCCUUUGCUUUAACACUGCUGAUCCUCCUUUUGUCGACAGCCUUCAGCACUGCCUGCUGCUGUCCCUGGCUUUCAUUGUGAGAGAGCGAGCAGUAUGUGACCUUUCAGCUGGAAUCGUUUUGCCGUUCACAGGAGGUUCCCUUGGAGUUUGGCGUUCUUACCUGGUGCAGCUGCUAGAAGCAAUGUUUACCAGCAAGCCUUUUUUCUCCUGGGCAGAGAAGCUGUAGAAGCAGAUGAACAGUUUCUUAUUCAUGUGCUGUGAAAAGAAUAGGAUUCAGUUCAUGCAGGACUAGUGGUUACUUCCAGGAAGGCUAUCCUAGUAAAGAGUAAUCCCUUCGCCAUGUGAAAUCCAAGAAUGGUACUAUAGGUUCUAGGUGUGACAUAUUGCUUUGCCCAAAAUUCUUCAGCCAGUAGUAGCAUCAGCUUUAAGCCAACUGCUCUUCCUGAACUGUGUCUGUAGCUAAUUAGCUGAUGCUUCUAGACUUCAGUACCCUUGGAGCCUUUCUGCAGUUUGUAGAAAUGCAAACUGUAGCUGAUGUAUCCAUUUAUCCUAGCAUUUUAGAGGAUGAGACAGAGCCUGUACCACCAAAGUCUUAACUGCUAAUUCUUUUUAAAACAGGUAAAGCAAAUGUUCUCCAAGCAGACCCUCUGUGAAUUGUCUCCUCUGGAAGGAAGGAGGCUGGUAUGUCCUGUUUUUCCUUGAAGGCUGCCUUAUCUGCAGCAAAGUAGUUUUGCUUGCUGUGGAUUCAGAGGUUUUAGUGAGGUGUGGGAUCAGGGGCCUCACAAGGCUUAUUGCACAGUUCAUUGGUAGGACCUUCACGUUCCUGUGAUCUGCCUGUCUCUGAGCAGCUGCUCCUCUGCCUGCUUUUUCAGGGCUUUGGAUGUUUUUGUACAGGAGAAAACAUUCUGCUGCUUUCAUUGCUGGUUGGUCACAACUGUAAUGUAAUCAUCCUUAGAAGGUUGGGGGAAAAAAUGGAGAAACAGGAAAAACCCAGAUCUGAGUAUCAUUUAAUGGAAAGACCAGUCUCAUUUCCUUAAGAAAAGACUUUGUCUUUAAACUGACACCUCUAGCAUGAAAGUGACCCACAGUCUCCAUGCUUUGUUCUAACUUCCACUUUAGUUUUUAACAUGCUGUCUGCAGUGAAGACCCCUGAGGAAGUAUAGCUGGCACUGUGUUGCGGUCACUUACUUAACUUCCUUCAGAUAUAAAAAAAGGAACUGAAACUAGAGUAGCAAUUCUUCCUCUCACUUUCUUGAAGGUUUGCUACAUAAUUUAGCUGUGGUCAGCUGUUAAUAACUUUCUAUUCUCUUUGAUGGCAGUAGUUCUUUUGCUGAACAGAAACAAACCUAUAAUCUGUCGUUGAAAUUUUAACACCUCUGCAGUCAGAGGCUUUCAAAGACCCUGUGUUAGAGCGCUAUGUUCACAAGCAGUCAGCACAUGAGGUCUACCAGACAGCACUGAUAAAGCCCACCGAGCAGAACCUCCACAAUUACUAUCUGAUGUUUAUUGAACCUCUGCUUUCCAGAAACUACAUCUUCAGUUGCUAGCAGUAGGCUGAUGAAGAAGCAUCAAAGCAAGCAGAUUACUGUAAAUGUAGCAUCCACACUACAUUCCCAGUUGGAUGGCUACAGCCCAUUUUGUUUUCUUCUGUGUAAUUUUGUUUAUCUGCAGCCUCCCCUGGCAAGUGACUGCUACAAAAGUCAGACAGUUGCUAGACAGAAAACUGAACAGAGACUUCUCUCUCCUAACCCUUCCGUGUUUGAUUCACUGCAAAAGAACUUCCCACCUGCACUCUCCUUUUCUAACAGACAGUUUUUAUUGUUGUCAUAUGUGGAAAAUCCUUGAUAAAUGUGUAUGUAAUACAAACAAAUGGCUACAGCUUGGGACAGGAAGGCUUCUUCAGCAGAAUGUUUUCAUUUGGAACCAAUUUAACUGAAUCAUAUCUUUCCAGGAGAGAACAUAAUUCAAGGUAGAACAGUUAAGUGCAGACGUGUAAAAUCCCCUCUUUGACACUUAAUAGUUGCUUUUUCGAAUACUAAAGUAUUCAAAAGCUGGGAGACAGUUACUUGGUGUAUUUUGAAUUAAAAGAGGGAGGGGAGUGUGGCAUAAGGUAGGAUAUUGCUGAUUACCAUAAAAUCCUCUUCUCCAUUUGAAUUACUUUGCCUUUACAGUGGUGCCUUUAAUUUCUUUGGUGUAACGCCUCUGGUCAGUCGCUUGUGAUCAGAGCCCAGGUUGAAUGGUGGUUACAGUAGCCACACACAUCCUGUGUCCUGCUAGACAGAGUCUGGUAUGCGUGUUCUUUCUAACACCCAAGUCAUAGUAUAGCCAUUGCAGGUUCUCAGUUGGUACUUGCUUGAGUUUAAACAGGGGAGCAAGAGAUUCAUAAAUGCAUCUUAAUUUAAGUUGCACUAGAAAUGUAUAAUCAAAAAAUGAAUUAUUACUAUCUGGAUUGGACAUAAAGCUUGGAAGAGAAAUAAAAGCUAGGUUUUAAGUCUGAACAAGGGAUACCAUGCCAGGCAUUUAAAUCAGGCAAAAGUCUUCUCACUGUAAGGUUAGGCCCAGCUGCAUAGAGCCAAGUACAACCAAGAAUUGUAACAGAUACUAGGAUAAAGGCAUUUUACUGAAUUAGAGUUCAGAUUGUCUUAGAGACAUACUAAUACCUUCUUUUCUAGCAUAUAUUAAGUAGUUACUCCAGUGUAUGGUAGAGACAAUGGUCAUGGCUGUCACAGGAAAUGAGCUCACCUAUCCAGUAUCCUUAAAGGCAGAUACUUUUCAAGAAAAAGUAGCUUACUGUACAGCUUGUUCUGUAAAGCAGUAUUACUGUGAUACUGCUUCCAUUUAAGAAUGGCCAAAGUUAAUGGGCAAAAAGCUAGGAGUAGCAGUGGCCCUCUUGGUGCCAGACUGUGGAAGGGACAGGCAUGCUUUGCUCUGGGAAGGAGAGGGCAAGAGCACUCUGUCCUAAUGCAAACUAGGUACAAAGCAUGCAUACUAACCCAAAUUCUGUCAUCAUAGCUAUUACUUCCAAGUGAAAUUGCUGUCUUGUUUCUGUCCCCCCUACAAAGCUAGUGGUCUAGUUAUUAUGGGAGAAGACAACACACGUCUUUUGUGAGGGACUGGAAUGUACUGACUUAACAGAAUAUGUCUGUCUACAACAGAGGGUACUAAAUGCCUGUGAGCCAGGAUUUCAGGCCCUCAUUAAUGCAACAUGCAACUCAGAUGGGAACGUUUAAUCGUGGUUAAAAUAAACAGGUGCCUUGGGCUGGUCCAUCAUUAGGUUGUUAUCCUUCUUUCUCAUUUAUGUUGCAGUAUUUUAAGGCCUUCUAGACUGGACUGUAAGUUGAAGCCAGGGUGUUUUCAUGAGUGGGACCUAGGAUUCUACUCCUGCUUCCUGUUUUGGAAAAUUGCUUGUCUUGCUGUCAUACAGAAACAUGAAAACUGAGUCCUUUCCUUAACACUGUAGAUAGUGGGUUCAGCCCCUGCUUAUUUUAUGUAAUGUUUUCCUCACACCUCCCUCUGAAUGUUGCAAUUCAGAGGUCUAGAACCACCCCAUACUGGAAGACCUCUGAACUGCAGAGGAAGGGGAAGAAUGACUUCAAUGGUAUUUAUACAAGCUAAUCAACUUAUGCUGAUAUGAAUAUUUAAAUAUCAGUCUGUGUCUCAGAUGAUCCUUGGUACUUCAACAUCAGAACAGCGUUAACAAUACCAAUCCUGAAGGGAGCUCUUGGUUACCCUCAAGCAAGGAAUCACAUUGCAGUGGGAGCUGUGUGUCUGAUACUAUGGCAGAGAAUGAGUCGUUCUCCCUGUAAAAUGGUACAGGUGACCCAGAAGCUAGUUCUUAUCAUCUUGCCCCUUGCAGCAGGCUGGUUGUAGUUCUAACAGCUCUGAUGUUGUUUGCAUCUUGCAGAUGUGUGGUUGCUCCCAUAAGCCUGUGGCUGUGUAGAGAAACUGCUUACUAAAACAUGGGUAUUUUUUAAUACAAUUAAAGCUUACCUUUUUGAAAUGGCUGCUGCCGCCUUGUCUUUCCUGCCACUUGAGGAAAAAAAGCAUUGCUGAUUUAUUACAGAAGCGUCAGCUUGAGGAAGAUCUCAGUUGGUGAGAACUGCCCCGACUCUGAAUGAGCCAGUGGCUGCAGAGCAACGUUCCAGGUGUCCCUGUGGCAAGCACAAAGUAGAGCACAGCCAACAUGUUCCUUGGAGAGUGACUCAGGGGUCCACUGGGCACUCUUAAUUGCUGCAGAUCAAAAGAAAGCAAGCACAACACAGGCCCUAUCACCAGCAUAACUAUUAGAAAGAACUAGCAGGCUUCUGCUCCUCUAGAUCUUAGUCAAGAAAAGAUGGGUGCUUGCCCCAAUAUCUUAGGUAAUUCCUUUCUCCACAGUAUAGUCAAGGGAAGGACAGCACUCAGUUUGUCAGAAUGCAGAAAACCAACCCUACUCCCCCUUUCAAAGCAUUUUCCUUUAGCAAGUCUCCAGCAGAGGAUGCUGUUGCAGCAGCUUGCAGCCAAGAUGCAGUCUAACAAAGCUGCUGGAAAUCAGUUCACUAACGUCCUUAUUCUGAUUACAGCAAAGAAUCACCAGAUGAACUUAGAUCACAGUGUAACACAGGGACUACGUACAAACAGCCAGUCACAUCAGAAAAAUUAGGAUUUUUUCUUUUUUCCCAUAAACAAGGCAGAAUCAUGUGAACUUGUAAGUUACAAUAAGGGCAACCAGCAACCUCGGUUAAGUCAAAAGUAUUUCCUUCCAGCAGUUAAAGCAAAGCUAUAAACAAAAGCUCAGAAAAGCAAGAAAACUAAUUACAGUACUGAGGCUUAAGGGGAUGUAGGUUGUGUAAGGAGUGGUGAGCACUGUUUACAUUAGAGAAGAGCAAACAGACACAAGGAAUAAUAAAAGUUAUUUGGAUGCCCUUAUUUGUGUUAUACUACCACAGGAAUAAAAGGAAUACUUACCAAAAAAAAAAAAGGACUCAUUUGGCUUGUUAAAGGAGUCUUUCCACAUGUAAUUCAUACAGCUUUGGGUCAAUGAUGACAUUUUCCAAUUUGCUUCUCUGUAAUAUACCUAAACUUGAUCAAAGGAAUACAUUUCUACUAUAUUAUUAACUGGAACUCUGUGCUGUUGAAUCUGGCAAGAUGAAAAAAAGAACAUAAAUAUCCAGAUAUGGGGAAUUUUUAAACUUCCUCUCAAGCUUUGUAUUACUGAUCUCCAAUUUAUUUUGUGGCAGAGUAAAUAACCAACCACCUGUUUUAAUGUGGCAAUUCCAACAUUUUAUAGACUUCCUUAGCAUUACUUCCCAAAAAAUAAAUUUUUAUCAAAAUCCCAGGUUUUGUGAGAUUUAUACAUAGGUAAAGUAGACCUAAACUCUUAAAACACAAGGACAAGUGUGCUUUCAUUUUACUUUAAUAUACAAUUGCAUUAAAGCAGAAGCAUCUGGCACACAGCACUCAGCCUGCAGUGCUGUAAAUGGAACACUGAUGACUUCUUUGGGGGGAAAAAAAAAAAAAGCCAUCAAGUUAACAUGCAUUUCUCAGAACUUUCGUUUACAUUUUUAACCCCUUU